CCAAAAUAUAUACAAUGCCUCCCCAUUAUUCACUCUCUAUUCUCUAACGGAAGAACAACAACAACGAAUUCGUGUGGGAAGGAACUUUCGCCUCUUUCUCUCUGCCUCGGAUUUGAGAAGGUUAAAGGAAAUGGCUGGCCCUAGAAUCGCUCAUGCUACAUUGAAAGGACCGAGUGUUGUGAAGGAGAUUUGCAUUGCGACAGUGCUGGGACUUGCUGCUGGCAGUGUUUGGAAGAUGCAUCACUGGAAUGAACAGAGAAAAGUUAGGGCCUUUUAUGAUUUGCUUGAGAAAGGUGAGAUUAGUGUUAUUGCGCAAGAAGAGUGAGACUGUUCUUGUUUUGUGCCCAUUGGGGUCUCCUUUUUUCCUCUUUCACUAUUUUCAAUUGGCUCUUGGAAUUAAGAUGAGCUGAAUUUGUCUAUCAGACUCAAAGAAAUAAGUUUCUUGCACUGGAAUUUUGAUUCA